AGCAGUGCUGCCCAUUGAAAUACUCCGUACAGCAGAUUACUGAUUCACCGUUCUCUGAUGGCUGCUCUUGCUGCUGCCGUUUGCGGAGAGUUGGCGGGUGCGCCUUCCAACAAGUCUCUCGCUUACGCAAGCACCUCUCGCCCGAUCCCCAUCUGAUAACUAGCUUCGACGAAGCUCCAGGCAAAUUCUUUCAACAUCAUCUCCUCCUCCGCUUUCCCCUUCCCGCGAUGUCGACCAUUGCACCCUCAUUCGCGAGGCAGGCCCUCCGCGUCGCGUCUCGUGGCUCUUCGGCGUCUGCCUUCUCCCGCGGUGCCUCCCGCGCCGCCCUCACACAAUGCAUCAACUCGCGGCGGAGUUACGUCUCCGAGACCAAAUCCGCCAAUGCCACCGUCAACCUAGAGACGACCAUCAAGGCCGAUCAAAAGGCCUUCCUGCAGGAGACGGGCAAGCGUCCUGAGGAUGUCAAGAUGCCCACCACCGGCUUGGAUGCUGAUGCUAUGAUGAGCCCCACUGCCGGCAUUCUUCAUCAUGCCACCGUCAUGGACCAGGGAAGUCGACCCAUCUAUCUCGACAUGCAGGCCACUACGCCUUUGGAUCCCCGAGUCUUGGAUGCCAUGCUGCCCUACAUGACCGGCCUCUACGGCAAUCCCCAUUCGCGGACACACGCGUACGGCUGGGAAAGUGAGAAGGCUGUCGAGCAGGCCCGAGCGCACCUGGCUGAGCUCAUCGGUGCCGAUCCGAAAGAGAUCAUCUUUACGAGCGGCGCGACCGAGAGUAACAACAUGAGCAUCAAGGGUGUGGCUCGCUUCUACGGUCGCGGUGGCAAGAAAAACCAUAUCAUCACCUCUCAGACAGAGCACAAGUGCGUGCUGGACAGCUGUCGGCAUAUGCAAGAGGAGGGCUUCAAGGUCACCUACCUUCCCGUCCAGAGCAACGGCCUCAUCGAUUUGAAGCAGCUCGAGGAAGCGAUACGGCCCGAGACCUGCCUUGUUAGCAUAAUGACCGUCAACAACGAGAUUGGUGUGGUGCAGCCUAUAGAAGAGAUUGGCAGGCUAUGUCGAUCCAAGAAGAUCUUCUUCCACACUGAUGCCGCGCAGGCGGUCGGGAAGAUACCCAUUGAUGUUAACAAGAUGAACGUCGAUCUCAUGUCCAUCUCCGGCCAUAAGAUCUACGGUCCCAAGGGAAUCGGCGCUUGCUAUGUACGACGGAGGCCCAGAGUCAGACUUGACCCCAUCAUUACAGGUGGCGGUCAGGAGCGUGGUCUCAGGAGUGGUACUCUCGCACCUCAUCUUGCCGUGGGCAUUGGUGAGGCUGCAAGGAUAUGCAAAGAGGACAUGGAGUACGAUUCAAAGCGUAUCACAAGCUUGUCGAACCGUCUACUGGAUGGUCUUCUAUCGAUGGAGCACACGACCCUGAACGGCGAUCGCGAGAGGCAUUACCCUGGCUGCGUCAACGUAUCAUUUGCCUAUGUUGAAGGAGAGUCCCUCCUCAUGGCGCUGAAGGACAUUGCCCUCUCAUCUGGCAGCGCUUGCACAUCAGCUUCUCUGGAGCCCAGCUAUGUUCUCCGAGCUCUUGGAAGCAGUGAUGAGAGUGCACACAGCAGUAUCCGGUUCGGUAUCGGUCGGUUUACGACGGACGCCGAGAUCGACUAUGUGCUCAAAGCCGUCAGUGAGCGCGUAACAUUCCUCCGAGAGCUCAGUCCACUCUGGGAGCUGGUGCAGGAGGGUAUUGACUUGAACACGAUCGAGUGGAGCCAGCAUUAGGCAUUCCAGUUGGCUUGUACGAUGUAUCAUCUUGACAUUUUCUGUCUUUUUACGGCGUCUUUGUGAUGGGCACGCUCGUUAGGCGUUCAUGGAGAAGGGGUUCGGAAUCCGUUUGCCUCGAAUCUCCAGUUGUAGGGUGUUAUAAAAUGCUCUUGUGGCUCGUCUCGAAGCCUUCAAUAUACCCAAUCACUAUUGCGCGCAACACCUUCCUCAGAGAGAUACUUACCAGAGUCGCAUAUAAAUCAAUGUUU